AUGUCAAGUCACAGUGCUUCAUGCUCAAGUGACAUUUCUGUCGACCUAAACGAUGCCUUUCGAAGUAUGAUACUGAACAAGCGUUUCGUGUUGUGGGAUGAUUUUGAAAGCGCCUUAAAAGAGUUCCAAGAAACUACUUACACUCGUUACAUCCACACAGAAAGCAGAUUGCUGAAGGAUGUCAGGUUCAAAUACCUGUUUGUAACGUUUAAUUGUACGUUUGGUCAUAAACGGGAAUCGGAAGGUUUGAAGGUGAGGCAAAAAUCGUCUAAAUUCCGUAAUUGUCAAUCUAAAUUCCGUGUAAGACUAGAGGAGCAAGGAUAUGUCAUCAAAUCCUACAACAUGCUCUACAAUCAUCCAUGUAGUAGUUCAUGGAUGGUAUGUGAUCCAUGGACAAGGAGAUUAUCGUCAGAAGAAAAAGAGAACUUGAAGCCCGUAAUACUUCACUGUGAGUCAGCAGAUGAAGUUAUCGUAAGUAUUAAGGAGAGAACUGGUAAGCAAGUAACUGCUGCCGAUGUCAAAGGUAUGAAAGCUACACUCUCCACUGAUAUUCGUUAUUCCAGUUAG